CCCACCUGACCCCACAGAUCCUGAUCCUGGUUCUAAUCCUGAUCCUGGUUCUAGUCCUGAUCCUGGUUCUAAUCCUGAUCCUGGUUCUAAUCCUGGUCCACCAACUAAAGUGAGGUCUGACAAUCGAGAACAUCUCUAUCGCUUCUACCACCCUGAUCAAGAUGUCACUCUGCCCUGUGGCAUUAAAAAUCAACCUCCACAGUGCUCCAGGAUGUCAUGGCUUUAUAACAGAGAUUCAUCACACACUUUAAUUGAGGCAAGCAGAGGAAAGAUUGAGAAGACGUCACUCCGAGCUGACAGGCUGAGUUUGGACUCAAACUGCUCUUUGGUCAUUAAACACAUCACUGCUGAGGAUGUUGGUUUCUACACGUGUCGACUGGAGCAGCAGUUCGAGUUUGAUGUCAAUGUGUUUCUAAGUCUUCUGACAGUCUCUCAGCUUCCAGCAGACUCUGAUCAAACGAGGAACAGUGAAGUCACAUUAGAGUGCUCUCUGUUGAGAUACAUCGAUGGUCGCCCUUGUCAACCAAACGGCCUCCACUGGUUGGACGAGACAGGAACUGAGGUUACUGAAGGUGUCCAAAAGCUUUCCAGAGGUACAGACUGCGUCUCUCAUCUGAAGGUGAAGAAUCAGAGUGGAGACAACAGGAAAUUCACCUGCCAGUUUGUUCAGAGGAAUAAAGUGGAGAUACAGGCUGACUACCCACCUGACCUCAUAGAUCCUGAUCCUGGUUCUAAUCCUGAUCCUGGUUCUAAUCCUGAUCCUGGUUCUAAUCCUGGUCCACCAACCAAAGCCUCACUCUGGUCUUCUCUGAGCUACAUCAUGCUGGCUCUGCGUUUUUCAGCUCUCAUCUUAAUGAUCGUGACCACAGCUUUGGUCUUCAGCCUCAGAGGCUACAUCAAAUCACUGCACAAAGGAAACAAUGUGCAUGAGGAAGAUGAUGAGGAUGUCAUCGAACUCACCUAUGAAAAUGUAGAAGCACGCCCUCCUGCUGCUGAAGUGCACUGAUCAACAACUUCUGGAUCAACUUUAACUCACAAGAACGUUGAGCG